AUGACCGAGCUCAAGUACACCAAGGAUGGGGUUCCAAUCUUUGAUGGGAGCCCAGAUGCCUUCACUCAGUACAAGAGGGCGGCCCUUUUGUACUGCGAGACUGUGGAGUGGAAGAAGAGGAGCUUGGUGGGGCCGAGGCUUCAGUCGGCUCUUGAGGGCAGUGCCAAGACAGCGGUGGAGCAUAUGCCGGCAACCUGGCUUUCCCAUGAUCAGGGUGCCAUGCAGUUGCUGAACUUCCUUCGGGGCCAGGUGCGGCCACCGUCCUUGGCCGAAGCGGGCCGCUCCAUCACCAGGUUCUUCUACGCAGUCAAGCGCCGCAAGGGCGAGGGCAUGAGCGCCUGGAUCGUGAGGCACGACGAGGCCUUGUUGGAGGUGAAGCGGACGCUGGCGGAGGCCAUCCAGGAGUAUGGGCCGCCAGAAAGCGUCCUUAGUCGACCUUGGAGUCGGGGGUGGUCAGGGCCUGGACAGGACAGCACGCCGAGAAGGACAAGCUCGCAGGUCGGGUCUUUUGAUGGCUCCCACCGUGGCUUCGAGGCACAGCGGGGCGAGGAAGAUGAUGGUGGCUGGGAAGCUGCAGAGCAGAGGUUGGACGAACCGAACGACGAGGACGAGCGGCAUUCCGACGCCAGCUGGGGACAAUGGCAGUGGGGCCAUUGGAACUGGCAGACCUGGGAUAAGGCUUGGGCGUGGAACAAGUCCGACCACAGCCACCAGACAUGGGACGCAUCAGCCUCAGCCUCCGGACAGGCCGACAAGUUUUUGCCAGAUUUUGUGGUGGCGUGGUUGCUCCUGCAGCGUUCGGGGUUGGACUCGACGGAGAAGAGCGUCAUCGUGGCCAACUUGCAGAACAAGUUCACCACAGAGAAGGUCAAGGAGGCCUUGAAGCUCACGUGGCCUGAUGAGGACCUUCGCCGACGAGACACAGGACGCCAAGGGGCCUACCUCACUGCCGAGGAAGAAGCCUUGAUGACCGAGAACCUCGAGGAGAACAUGGACCACUUCGAGGCCGAGACUGAGGAAGAGCACCAGGCUUACGCAGCGCUAGAGGACGAGGCUCGCAGUGCGAUGGCAGCCUUGCAGGACGCGCGGCGCACUUUGCGUGACGCGCGAGAGAAGCAGUCCAUGAUGAGGAAGAACCGUAGUUUCUUCCCGGGUUCCAGCUCCUCAGGUCGGAGUGGUUUCGACAAGCCACCCAUCAAGUGCUUCAAGUGUGGUGGACCACACAUGCGGAAAGACUGUCCCAAGGAGACGGCCGAGUCUAAGCCCAAGCAGGUGCACUUCGUUUUCCAGGCCACCCAGGACAAGGACGACGUCGAGAUGGACGCAGCAACUGCCGAGCCAAAGGCCACGGCAUCAGUGCACCAGUGCUGGGCAGCCGCCAUCGAGGACAACAAGGACCAUGACCACGACGCCUUCCUGUCUCUCCAGGAGAUUGUCGCACAGGGAAAGGCGAUCGUCGAUGGCGGGGCCACCAGCACGCUUGGGUCGGAGGGCGCCUUGCAACGCAUCGCCCAACUCCAGUGGCAGCGUCAGGGCCAGGACAACAUAGAGAUUGUGGCAGGCGACCAGCCGUCCUUCAGGUUUGGCAACAACGGGCGAACGACCUGUAUGUCCACAGCUUUGGUGGGAGUCAACUUGGAUGGCAAGCCGGGUCGCAUGCAGAUCCACGUACACGACAUCGAGAACCAGCCGGUUCUGCUGUCCAUCAAGGCCUUGAAGACCUUGGGCGCGGUGGUUGACUAUGGGCGUGAUGAAAUUGUGCUCACGAAAGUAAACCCCUACAAGGUCGCCCGCUUGGAGACCACCGAGAGUGGUCAUCAGUUGUUUCCUUUGGUGGACGACGUGUUGCAAGGAGCAUUUGUGCGACAGACGCCGUUUGUGUCGUUGAGCGAGCCCGAAGGCGCGACCUCAGCGACCGAGUAG